GCCCCUUUCAAAACUUUUCUAAUAAUUCUGUUUCGUUUGUCCUGAUAAGUUAAAAAUACAACCCAUUUGGGCGGACCUCAAGUUUGGCAAAAUCUUUUGGCAUGUAGUUCGCCAGACAUGAACCCUAACGCACAGUAAUCAUGCCGUGCUCUGCCUUCACAACUCAUGUACUUUGUUGUCUUUGUCUUUGGGGAUGUGUGGCAGAGAGUAUUCAUACAUUACCUCAUGUGGAGCGGUUUGAUGUGGUGAGACCUAAAAGACAGAGCGUCAGAAAGGUACAGUCUGAUAAAAGUCCACAAAGCCAUGAGACGCAUCCUGAUAGACUCACAUAUAAACUAUUCUUUGGAGGGAAAAAUCAUGUGAUUCAUUUGGAAAAGAACAGGCAACUCAUUGGACAUAAUUACACUGAAAUAUACUAUCAAGAUGAUGGACUGAUUGUGAGCAGUAAUCCAAAUUUAAAGGACAAUUGCUUCUAUCAUGGCCAUAUUCAGGAUUUGGAAGAUUCCUCAGUCAGUGUGGGCAUCUGUUCUGGAAUCAGAGGUUUUGUUCGAGUGAAAAAGCAAGUAUACCUGAUUGAGCCCCUGACCAACCACAGUGAUGGAGACCAUGCACUUUAUAAGCAUGAACAUCUGAGGUGGAAGAGAAGCUCAUGUGGCGAACCAAGCACUACCAUUUAUGACCAUGAACAACCAGUGGCUGUCCCCUUAAAGUCCACCAGAUGGAAAACAAAGCGAUUUCACACUCCAAGAUAUGUGGAAUUGUUUCUUGUGGUGGAUAACACUGAGUACAGAAACUUUGGGUCUAACAUGGACAUGAUCAGAGCCAGGAUGCUGGAAGUUGCAAAUCAUGUUGACAAGUUGUAUCGACCCCAUAAUAUCCGGGUUAUGCUGGUGGGUCUUGAGGUGUGGACAGAACGCGACCAAAUUGUGGUCAGUGUGAGUCCUGAUGACACUCUCAGUCGGUUUAUUGAGUGGAGAAAGAGCAAUCUGCUUAAAAGAGUCAAACAUGACAACGCUCAGUUUGUGACUGGAAUUGAUUUUUUGAAUGACACAGUUGGGCUGGCAAACAAAUUUGCAAUGUGUGCUGAAAGCUCAGCGGGAGUCAAUCAGGAUCAUAAUGAGAACUCACUAGGCCUGGCAUCCACAAUCGCUCACGAGAUGGGUCAUAACAUGGGAAUGUCCCAUGAUGAAAAUCACUGCACCUGUGACUCAUCAAAUUUCAAUUCCAUCUGUAUCAUGACAGAACGUGUAGGCACGCUGUUCCCGGAGCUGUUUAGUGACUGUAGUCUGGAACAGCUGAAUGGGUUUCUUGACAACGCCAACCCCAGCUGCCUGCUGGACACCCCCAGCUCAUCCAGACUCUACAGUGGGUCUGUCUGUGGUAAUGCUUUUCUGGACCCUGGAGAGGAGUGUGACUGUGGAACAGUGGAGGAAUGUGAAAAUCCAUGCUGUGAUCCCAUGACCUGCAGGCUCUCUGAAGGCUCACAGUGUGCUCAUGGAGACUGCUGUGAGAAUUGCCAGAUAAAAGAUGCUGAAAGCUUGUGUCGAGCACCCGAAAAUGAGUGUGACAUUCCAGAGUACUGCACAGGACUCUCAGAGCACUGCCCAGAGAAUGAUUUUAAGAUGAACGGCAUACCUUGCAGCUCUGGCCAGGGUUACUGCUUUAAUGGUCAAUGCCCCACUCACCUCCAGCACUGCCAAAGACUUUGGGGAACAGGUGCCAAAGUGGCUGCUGAUGCAUGCUUUUUUCGAAACACAUUUGGAAAAAAUGAUUCUCACUGUGGAAAGACCAAAGGUGGCUACAGAGCCUGUACAAAAGAAAACAUGUUUUGUGGAAAAAUAUUUUGCAAUGGAGGAAAUUACUACCCCGUGACUGGUCAGAAAGCUGUGAUAGCUAUAUUUGGGAGAUUUUGCAACUUAGCUGGGGACCAAUCUGAAGAGGACGCCCUCAGCAUGGUCCCUACUGGCACAAAAUGUGGGCCCAAUAAGGUUUGCUAUGAUUAUAUGUGCCAAGACCUGAAUGUUUAUGGUAGUAAUGAUGAUUGCUCACUGCAAUGCAAUGGAAGAGGGGUUUGUAAUCAUAAAAAACAAUGCCACUGUAAGCCUGGAUGGGCGCCUCCUUAUUGUGAAGUCAGAUAUUCUGAAUUGCCAUCCGGACAAGCAAAGAUAACUGGCAUCUCAGUAGCAGUUGCAAUCGCUCUACUUGUACUUGCACUAUGUGGAGUCUUGCUUUAUUGUAAAAGAAGAAAAGCCAUCGUCAGCCAAAAGACAAAAACUCCAUCUGCAGGACAAUUGAACCUUCUUUUUGAUAACAACAGUGCCAAGAAGAACUGCACUGAGAUCAGCCAGCCCAUAUUUAUGGGAACCACCGUAACCGCGACCACCAUGGGCCCGACCCGUCCUGCUCCACCACCUCCAAAAAAGUCUCCAUCACAAUUGCAACAGACCAUAGUAAAACAGGGAAUCAAGCCGACUCCACCUCCUGUUCCUCCAGUCAAACCAUCUUUAGCAACAGGAUCCUGGAGGAGAGAUCCAGUCACAGGAGACACAGUCAAGGUUGCGUUGAGACCACCUGCCAUUCCAAGAAGAUGAGCGGAUGUGAAAUCAUCGUGUGACUCAUUGAAACAAAUUACAGUCCCUCUGGUUCACUUUUAUAGUGUGGGAUUGGCUGAAACACAAAGUGCUUUUUAAACAAUGCUUUAAAUAUACACAUACACUGUUGUGCUGGGCCUUGAGUAAGAGUUGGUUUUUGUCUGUUAGUGUAUGAUGUUAUAUUGUAUACGUAAAACAUUUGAAUGUGUGGCUGGAAAAAUAAUCAACAGGCCAAAAUGCUUUCUACUGUAAUUAAUUUCAUUUAAUAUUUACAUACUAUUGUGGUAAAGUGAAUGUAUUUAAUUCUAAAUAUUUUUUAACGCUUUUUAAAUAAAAGUUUUAAAAAAAGCAUGUGUAAGGCCUGGCCACGGGGUCUUAGGGCAAAAAUGCCACUAAAUUGGACAAAAAUGCCCCAUGCACAAACAAAUAUUAUCUAUUACGUCUGUUGCUAACAAAGUGUAAAUGAAUAGAAAGUGUCUACUGUGCUAUUAAAUUAAGAUUUGCUCAUGUUGCACCGUAUUUCAUUUUAGGAGGUGUUUUAUAGUGUUGCGUAUUAUAACCAAUCACGCGAUUUUUCAAAGUUGUUAACAACAGUGGUGUAAAACAACACUGGUGAUGUCACACCCCUGUAUGAAGUCAUGAGAUUUAGCUUUUGUCUAACACAAGAUCUCACUAUGAGGAGUGACUCAAAUCUUUUUUUUUUCCUUAAAUGUUUGAUCUGCUUCUACGCAAAGUUUGAAAUUUUGAAAUUGAAAUUCCUAUUCAUCAGAACCUUAAAAAGACUGUGAUUCCACAAAAUAUGCAGCACAGUUUUCAUUAUUUCUAAUAAAUGUUUCUUGAGCAAA